CUCACCAUCUUCCAUAUCCUUACUUCCAGGCGUAGCCUGUCGUUAAGAGUGCAUGGGAAAGGGGUGAUAGGGGGGAAAGUUAUAUUGCUUUUUAUAAUAGCCUACUCGGAGAUGAAGAGGAUAGCCCGGAAUUUGACAACUCAGGAAAUUCUGCGCUGAAGACUGGGUUCGUCGUGGAGAUUAAAUCCUUCAACGGGAGGAGAGAAGGGCAUCGACUGGUCCAGCAUCCCACAGCCAGCCGUCAUUUUCCAGGCUGAGGCAGCUAGCAGCCUAUCUUGGCUUGGCUAGAAAUAUUGUGACAGCUUCUCGAAACGACGAUUCUACAUACCAAGCUUUCUAUUCACAGUAACCGAUGAAGCCUAAAAACGAUUUGUAGAGCUCCGUUUUUGAGAACAUUAGACCCACAUCUCUCUAAGAUCCCGUUAAUCGAUUGCAUGUGGACACCGAAUGCAAUUAAAGAGCGGUAGAUCGGUAAAUACUAGCUUUUGAUAUAUUUUGAUACAUAUUGCGGGUUAUUGAAAAGGCUGUCGGUCACGCUCACACUGCCAACUUGGACUGUACAUGGAAGCACGUCGCAGCCUUGCUUGUUUUGCACGUCGAAGCCUUAUCCUGCUCGAGCUGUUCUAGGUUUAGAUACAUAAUUUGAAAAACGUCUUGGUCUUGACUUUAUCGCACACGCAUCAUAAGGGCCUCGUCAGCUGGAACUUGAGAUAAAGUUCUGGAAUAUACUUUAUUGCAGGGGGACAACAUAGCUGUUUAAUUCGUUGAGCAUCGACGUUCCAGUGAAAAGAUGUCGGGGCAGACUCUGACGGAUCGCAUCGCCGCGGCGCAGUACAGCUUAACAGGGUCGGAAGUGGCCAGAGCAUGCUGCAAAGCUACCACCCACGAGGUGAUGGCUCCGAAGAAGAAACACCUGGAAUAUCUGAUCCAGGCGACGCAGGAGUCCAACGUUAACAUCCCACAGAUGGCCGACACGCUCUUCGAGAGGGCCGGCAAUGCCAGCUGGGUUGUGGUCUUCAAGGCCCUAUCAACCACGCAUCACCUGAUGGUCCAUGGCAACGAGAGGUUCAUCCAGUUCCUGGCCUCCAGAAACACUCUUUUCAACCUCAGUAACUUCCUGGACAAGACCGGUUCGCAGGGGUACGACAUGUCAACCUUCAUCAGACGCUACAGCAGGUACCUGAAUGAGAAGGCCUUCGCCUACAGACAGAUGGCUUUCGACUUCGUCAGAGUGAAGAAAGGGGCUGAGGGUGUCAUGAGAACAAUGUCCCCAGACAAGCUGUUGAAAGGAAUGCCCACCUUGCAGAGUCAGAUCGACGCCCUGCUGGAGUUUGAUGUUCACCCGCAAGACCUGAAGAAUGGCGUCAUCAACGCAGCUUUCCUGUUGCUCUUCAAAGACCUGAUUAAGCUCUAUGCCUGCUACAACGACGGCAUCAUUAAUCUCUUAGAGAAGUUUUUCCAGAUGAAGAAGGGUCAGUGUAAGGAUGCCCUGGAGAUCUAUAAGAGAUUCUUGACACGGAUGACUAGAGUCUCAGAGUUCCUCAAAAUCGCAGAGCAAGUAGGGAUUGACAAGAACGACAUACCCGAGCUAACACAGCCUACAAAUCCCAGAAACCCCAGCAGCAUCACCCAAUCACAGUGUCUCUUCACCUCCUGGAUUGGCUGUGAUGUCCAAUCACAGACAUCCACAUGCAGAUAUGACAGGUCAUCCGUCCUAUCAUGGUGGGUUUUAUUUUAAAAAAAGGGGGGAGGGCAGCUUAUCCCUGGGAUCCAUUCUGUCCUCCAUGCAGCUAAUGGCAUCAGAUGUGGCGGUGAUUGACAGCAACUGUGCCCCUCCCUCUCUUCUUAUUGCAGAGGUGCAGAAAGAUCACUCAGGCUGAGAGUGUGAGUAGUGUGUAGUGCAUACGGCUUAUACGCGCAGUCUAGGACAGUUCUUCCAUGACUUUCUUCUCUCUAGUGCUCAGAAAUAAACAUCAAUGCACAACA